UAUCUGUAGGGAAUCUUCAUGAAAGUGGAUUGAGGAGGAGAGGGGCAGAGGAGCCAUAGCCAACCAGCUCUUCAGCAGUUCUUCAUCAAAUCCCCUUUUGUCCUAGUUUCAAUUAAAAAAAAAAUAAUCAUCACUUAGUUUUGAUGCACAAGAAGAACUGCAAUUUAACAAAGAACCAUUGAGUAGAUUGGGAAAAAAAACCUGAAAAAAGAAAUGGGUGGAGGAGCCAUGAUAAGAACAGUUACAGCUGCUGUUGGAGCAGCACCCUCCACCCCCAGACGCACCACCACCACCACCUCCAACAAUCUUCCCACCCUCCCAUCAUCAUCAUCAUCCAAUUCUAGGUUUCCAGCCUCAGGUAAUUUCACUGCGCCCUUCAGGCGACACUGUGCUAACCGUUUGUGCCAUGGUGGAGUAUGCAGAUGUGAGUAUGUAGGUGGAAGACAAGGUGAAAGAGCAAAUGAGUCUUUCAUUAAUCGUGUUUUUGGGCCAACCCCAUCUCGAUUUGAAGUCGAAAAUGCCAUUGCUGCGCUUCAGAGUUUUUUGCACGGGAUUUCUUCAUCUGGGUCAGAGUCAGAUAAAAGAAUAAUGGAAACUCAGAGAUAUGGCAGAAUUUAUGAGGCUUUCCGCUUGCUUCAAACUGACCCAUCUGUUCAGAGAAUGGUGAUGUCUCUGUCAUUGGAUAAAGUUGUUUGGGAUGCUAUAUUGAACAACAAGAUGGUGAGGAAGCUCCAGGAGCCGCUCUGUACAGCUGAAGAGGAAAGUUCACAGAGCUCCAGUGAGGAACCGGACUUGGCCACACACAUCUUGACGUGGAUUUUGGAGAUCACCAAGGCAAAAAUCAUGGAACUGGUAGAGAAAUUUCAGUCACUUUUGAAUGAGGUGCUUCGGUCUUCUGAGAGGGAAGGAUCCACCACAGAAACCACUGAUCAGUUGGAUGAAAAAAUCGUGUCAUCCACUUUCCUUGCCAUAGUAAUCCUCUUGAUUGUGGUCGUAGCUCGUGCCCAAAGCGCCUGAUUCUUAUUGAGCACCAGGAUGGAAAGCCCGUCUGUUUGGGAUAUGGAAAUCUACCACAAGUUGGUGCUGAUCACUUUCGAGCUUGAUUUGGCUUUGACGCAAAGCCUGUAUAAAUAGCUUUCUUUUAUGAAUACUUGAACAGUUUGAAGGCCACUGGUAGUUAUUAUAGGAUUCUUUUGUCUGUAUAAGUUUUUCUUUUUAACACCAUGGGGAUUGAAUCUAUUGAAGGAUUUGCAUGCCAAGAGCCAAAUGAAGUUGGUGCGUCCAGGUUUAUUUCCUGGAAGCCAUGUUUCUCAUA